AUGUCGACCCCCGUCCCCCAACCCCCAAAAAACCUGCGAAACACGUACAUCGCGCCCAAAGCGCCCUACCUCAAGCCCAUCGUCGUCUGCGGCGUGAUCAUGGCGCUCUCGUCGCGGCGCGAAGUCAUGUCCCCCGGGUCGCCCAUCUACGACUAUGCCCUCCGAUACCUCAGCGUUGACGGCCUGAAAUACGCGAGCUGGGUGCAGAGCGGGCUCUUCUACUUCCUCUUUGGCGCGCAUGCCAUCGAGACUGGGCUGUUUGCGAAGAGAUUGAGUAGACAUGGGGUGGAGGUUACAAGCUUGAGUUGGUGGCAGUGGAUGGCGACGUGUUUUGUGGGUGGGAAAUAUUGUUAUGUGCAUUUCGACCGGGAGGUCGGCAGGUUUGGUUAG